GGGCUUGUCCUUGUGCAGAGGAGCAGAAUUUGGGAGCUGUAGCAGCCCAGAGCACGCCACAGGCAGGAUCGGGGCUUUGUCCGCAGGGUCGGCGGCAGCGUGGCUCUCCCUGCACCUGUCCCAGCUACCCCAGCCCUCUGGGAUCUCCUCUCCUGCAGCCACUCUGCUUUCCCUUUUCAAAACUGAUUUAUUGCUAGACCUCCCCGGCACAGAAUUAGUUUUGUUCCAUCCUGGCCUUGGGUGACCCGCUGGCGUGCGAGCGGGCGCGGAGCGGCGGGCGGGAGAACAAAGAGUUCUGCACGCACGGCGCGGGGAAAACCUCCAGAGGGGCAGAGACUUCAUCUGCUUAUGCAUCCCACACAAAAGCAUCCAGCCCACUUCAGUCCAUGGAUCAGAAUGGUCUUGGCUCAGACCUUCACCGUCUCCCUAUUGAAAUAAGUGCUGAAAAUUGCAUCUCCUGGACAGGCUGGUCCUCUCUGCCCCACAGCGCCAGCCUGGCCACCAGCCCACCCCGGACUCUGCGCUCCCGUCCAUGGCAAUGCCGCGGAACUCCAGCAGGCAGAACGGCUUUUGCUUCGCGCAGCCCCUGGCCUUGCCCCGCGCAUCGCCCGCUCCCGGCGGGCCCGGCCGGCCCUUCGGGGCAGCGGCUGCCGGGGCCGGCUGCAGCAGCGCCCUGGGCAAUGGCAUCGCCGCCCCGGGGGCCGCCAGCCCCUCGGACUCCUGCGCCCAGCCCCUCUGCCUGCCCUCCCCGGCCCAGGAGGAGCCCUUCGAAGAGGGGAUUAAAUACGUGUCCGCUGAAGGGGAGGACCUGGCCUGCGGCUGGGGGGGCUUCACCCCCGGCUGUCUGCAGCUCUGCAACACACCCAAGGGCGUCCUGUUCUUCCUGUGCGUGGCCUCCUUCCUGCAGGGCAUGACCGUGAACGGCUUCAUCAACACGGUCAUCACCUCCAUCGAGCGCCGCUUCGACCUGCGCAGCUACCAGAGCGGGCUGAUCGCCAGCUCCUACGACAUCGCCGCCUGCGUCUGCCUCACCUUCGUCAGCUACUUCGGGGGCAAUGGCCACAAGCCGCGCUGGCUGGGCUGGGGCGUGCUGCUCAUGGGCCUGGGCUCGCUGCUCUUCGCGCUGCCCCACUUCACCACGGGCCGCUACGAGGCGCGCUCGGCGGCCCAGCUGGGCCUGUGUGGGGGCAACCACAGCCUGCCCUGCUCGCAGGCGGCCUCCAGCCUCUCCGGCUACCGGUUUGUCUUCAUGCUGGGCCAGUUCCUGCACGGCGUGGGCGCCACGCCGCUCUACACGCUCGGUGUCACCUACCUGGAUGAGAACGUCAAGACCAACUACUCCCCUGUGUACAUUGCUGUUUUCUACACUGCUGCAAUCCUUGGGCCUGCAGCGGGUUAUCUGGUAGGAGGAAUGUUUCUAAAUAUUUAUACUGAAAUUGGCAGAGAGAUCGACAUCGCCCCCGAGAACACGCUGUGGGUGGGGGCCUGGUGGAUCGGCUUCCUGGGGGCUGGAGCUGCCUCCCUGCUCAUCUCCAUCCCCAUCCUGGGCUACCCCCAGCGCCUCCCAGGGUCCCAGCGCUACAUCGUGAUGAGGGUGUCAGAGGCUCAUCAGCUGAAGGAUGGGAGCCACCAAAAAGCAUCGGAUCCAGACUUUGGGAAAACAGUGAAAGACCUGCCUCGGUCAGUGCUGCUACUUCUGAAGAACCCCACCUUCAUCUUCCUCUGCUUAGCAGGAGCAACUGAAGCCACCCUGAUUGCUGGGAUGUCCACAUUUGGACCCAAAUUCCUGGAGUCUCAGUUUAGUUUAAGUGCCUCUGAAGCUGCCACCUUUUUUGGUUAUCUGGUGGUGCCAGCCGGAGGGGGAGGCACAUUCCUGGGAGGAUUCCUGGUGAAUAAAUUCAAACUGCGCUGUUCAGGAAUCAUCAAGCUGUGUUUGCUGUGCACAGUGUUCAGUCUGCUGGCCAUAUUUGUUUUUUUUAUCCACUGCCCUAACAUGCCCAUGGCAGGAGUAACCCAGAUGUAUGAUGGAAGUGCUUUGCCAGGUGGGCACCUCAACCUGACAGGAGCCUGCAAUGCCCAGUGUGGCUGUUUGCAGGAGACCUACAGCCCUGUCUGUGGCACUGAUGACAUCAUGUACUACUCCCCCUGCCAUGCUGGCUGCAAAAGGGUGUCUGAAAACCUCAGGAAUGGCAAGAAGGUCUACCACGAGUGUAGCUGUAUUGACAAAGCCCUCCUGCCUGGCUUUGGCAAAGCAGAGGCAGGGAAAUGCACCUCCUCCUGUGUUAAAAAGCCCUUGCUCCUGUGCUUCAUGUUCGUGGUCAUCCUCUUCACCUUCCUGAGCAGCAUUCCUGCCCUGACUGCCACUCUGAGGUGUGUCUCCGACAGACAAAGGUCCUUUGCCCUCGGGAUCCAGUGGAUUGUGGUACGAACACUAGGAGGCAUCCCUGGCCCCAUUGCCUUUGGAUCCAUGAUUGAUAAGUCCUGCCUGCUCUGGCAGGACCAGUGUGGUGAGCAGGGCUCCUGCUACGUUUACCAGAACUCAGCCAUGAGCCGAUACACCCUCGUCGCUGGACUGGUCUACAAGGUGCUCGGGACAACCUUCUUCAUAGUGGCCUGUUUCCUCUACAAGCCCCCACCUGCAGAGUCAGCCCCAGGCAGCUCAGAUGCAUCCGAAAAUGGCACCAGUGACCUCCAGGAGCACAAGCCUUCACUGCCAGCUGAAGAGGAUAUUUAGUGCUGUCCACGUGCCAGUGACUUCCUCAGCCUCAAAAAUAACAUGAGAGGACAUUAUGCAGUCUCCCAAGGGGUUUUUAAAUCAGCAGUAAUAUUUUAAAUUUUUAUUCUUUUUUUAGUUGAAGAUAAAUAAUUUAAGUAACCACUGGUGUGCUUUGCUAUUUUCUUAAGGGCAGAAGCACAUUUAAAGUUGUGCGCUGGUGCCACGUGCAGUUAUUUAAUUUUAUUUAAAGAAAGGGCUACUGUAGCUUUAUUCUGUGUCUGUGACAAGCCAGGACCACGUUCUCCACUUGUGGAAGUAAUCACUGGUAACUCCAAUGGAGCAUGUGGGGUUUAAACCACCAGAGGAUCUGGGCCAACUGUAUUGAAUAUCUCAAUUGUAAAGCCAACUGUAGCAAAACUCCUGCUGGGACUUCCAAGCCUGGGAGGAGUCCUCCUCCUCCCUCUGACACACAAAUCACUCUGUUCAGGAGCAGCUUCUCUCAUUAUGCAAGUUCCUGUUACUGGGAGAGGAGAUUUGGUUUGCAAAUCCAUCAGUACACUACAGGCAGCCAUUCCCAGAGCUGCCGAGCACUGUACACUCACUGCCUCACCCAUUGCAGGGUUUACACCGUGGUGACACUUCAGUUUUUUUAUUUGUGUUGUUUAAAAGUGAUGCCUUUUGUAAUGUACUGUGCAAAACUUGAACUUCUUGCUGUUUGCUGGGCGUGGGAAGAUGUGAGAUACUGAUCUAUGCAAUGUUUAUCUUGAGUUGUUCUGUAAAGACAGUGCUUUGGGUAAAUGGAAGGGUUGGAGUGAAUUCAGUUUAUCUCCAGACCAGUAGCCUGAGGGGUGGGUCUGCCUUGUGGAAGGGGGUACUGGUUUGUAACGGGCCUGCUUGCAAGGAGAGAGGGCAGCAUUCCCAAAAUGACCUUUGAAUGUGCUCUUGCAAUACCCACCAGGCCCUUCCUGAGGGGCAGAACUGGAACUGGGGCAGCACGUGUGAGUCUGGCUUCCCUGUCAGUGCAGACCAGGCCAGGUUAGUGCCAGGUUAGUGCCAGUGUUUGCACAGCCACAUGGUCCAGGUGCAGCCCCAGGGGAGGCUGUGGCCAGCCCUGAGUCCUGCACUGUGGAGCCACAUUCUGAGCUGCAGAGCUGCUGCUUCCUUCAGGCCAGCUCCAAUUCAGAAUUACUUUGCAGAUGUUUUUGUAUAUUUUGUGUAUUUAUGCUUUCACAAACAGACACAGGAUGGGCAUUUGCUUCCUUCAUUAGCAAAGGACUGACUCUCAGAGUGUUCCCAUGGCAGACAGGGAUGGUGGUGCUGGGAGUGUGGUUGAUAUUCAGGUCUGUGGAGGAAAGCAGCUUCUUCCAUUCACAGAUCACUUCCACCAAGGCCACAUGGUGGCUUCUCUGCUUCCAAAGCCCUUGUUUCCAUCCUCUGUCGAGUGCUGGGGCACACUGUGCAUCCCCUGCCCCAUCCCUGGAAGUGCUCAGUGCCAGGCUGGGUGGAGUUUUGACCAGCCUGGUUUAGCUGAAGGUAUCUUUGCCCACUGCUGGGGAUUGAAACAAAAUGAUCUUUAAGGUCCCUCCCAGCCCAAACCUUUCUAUGAUUCUGUUUCUAUCUCUGGGAACUACUGGAAAAACUAAAAGUGUUAAGGGCAAGAUGAAUGAUGGCUUUUGGCUGCUAGUGGAUGGGCAGAUGGUGCAGCUGUGAUGGGGCACAGUGUGCAGGAGAGCCCUGUUUUUCUAGGGAGGCAGGAUUAGACCCACUGAUGCAGGAUUUAACCCAAACAACACCUUCACCUGGGUUUGGAGCCACCUGCAAACACAAGCCUGUCUCCAGGCCUUGCCCUUCCCAGUUUAGACACUGGGUACAAACAGGGAUCUUAGAUGGGGAAAUGCAUGAAUGUAUUUUGGGAGCAUAUUUUAUGUAUGAUGUAUUUAUGAAAGGUAGAAUUUUUUCUUUACAUAUAUAUAUAUGUAUAUAUAUAUAUAUAUAUGUAUGGGUAUGCAUAUAUAUAUAUAUAUAUAUAUAUAUAUAUAUAUAUAUAUAUAUGGAUAUUGCAAUGCAAUUUUAGUGUUUAUAAAAUGAUCUUUAUCCGAGUGUGUUGUUUCCAGAGCUAAACAAAAGCUCCUGGGAUUCUGGGCGUUUAUUAUAUUGCUGUGGGACUGGUAAUUCAAGGAUUUUAGUAAGAAGCAGUAUGACAUUCCUGUUCCAUAAACAGGCUGUUUAGGUGUACAGGCAACUUAAAAUAUUUGGAAGUAUGUUUCCAGUCUGAUGUGAAGUAUUAUAUUGCUAUAAAAGCAUAGAAAUAUAUCCACUCUUCCAAAGAUA